CCCCUCGCCCACCGCGCCUCCUACGACGCCUCGCCUUUCUUCACCCCGCAGUAUCAACAACCCCCGGCCCCGCCAGCCAGGGUGCCCCAGCAGUACAUCCCCCCCUUCCCCGACUCUCGCCUAGACCCGGACAUGGCUCGCCGCUCGUCCCGCAUCGCACAGGCCGCCGAGGUCGCCCCCGUGCAGGUCUCCAAGUAUGUAGAGCCUGUCGUCGAAGAGGAGCCCCCCGAGGAAGAGGAGGUUGUCAUGGAGGUAGAGGAGGAAGAGGAGGAGCCGCCGCACGAGGAUGAGGAGGAGGAGGAGGAGGAGGAGGAGGAGCCGGAGCCUCCCAAGCCCAUCGUCGCCGCUCCGAUCGAGGUGAAGACGAAGUUCCCGGUCGCGCGCAUAAAACGCAUCAUGCAAGCGGACGAAGACGUUGGCAAGGUCGCGCAGGUCACGCCAAUCGCUGUUUCCAAAGCACUUGAACUCUUCAUGAUCUCCCUCGUCACCAAGGCCGCCCGCGAAGCCAAAGACCGCAACUCCAAACGCGUCACCGCGUCGCACCUCAAGCAAGCCGUCGUCAAGGACGAGGUGCUCGACUUCCUGGCCGACAUCAUCGCCAAGGUCCCUGACCAACCCGCCGGCCGGAAACACGACGACGACGCGAGCGAUCAGAACGAACAACAACCGAAACGAAAGCGGGGCGGUCGCAAGCCCAAGGACGAAAGCGACUAACGGGACCACGACUGGUGUUUUUUGCUUCUUUCCCUGCUUUAUACUCGACGACUUUGCUGGGCGAUAUCUUUUAGACUGGACGGAGAGCGGGCGCAUACUCUCUAGGCGUUGCGGUGGUGGGCAUGGUUGGGCUUGCAUCUUCCGAUGUGAAUAGGUACCAUUUCUUAUCUUGGCUGUCUCUUUUUAUUUAUUACGGUUGAUCCGGCAGACGCUGGGUUCGUCUCGACUAAUGGAGAUGGGUGUCGAUCCGGUGC